UAUCAAGUCUCCGCGGCCGCUGAUGAAGAAGCAGGCGGUGAAGCGGCACCACCACAAGCACAACCUCAAGCACCGCUACGAGUUCCUGGAGACGCUGGGGAAGGGCACCUACGGGAAGGUGAAGAAAGCCCGGGAGCGCUCCGGCAAGCUGGUGGCUAUCAAGUCAAUCCGGAAAGACAAAAUCAAGGAUGAGCAGGACCUUGUCCAUAUCCGGAGAGAGAUUGAGAUCAUGUCCUCCCUCAACCACCCCCACAUCAUCGCUGUCCACGAAGUGUUUGAGAACAGCAGCAAGAUCGUCAUCGUGAUGGAGUACGCCAGCAAGGGGGACCUGUACGACUACAUCAGUGAGCGGCAGCGGCUGACGGAGCAGGAGGCACGCCACUUCUUCCGGCAAGUCGUGUCGGCCGUCUACUACUGCCACAAGAAUGGGAUCGUUCACAGGGACCUGAAGCUGGAGAACAUCCUUCUUGAUAUAAACGGGAACAUCAAGAUUGCAGACUUUGGCCUGUCCAACGUUUACCAGCAGGACAAACUUCUGCAGACUUACUGCGGCAGCCCUCUCUACGCAUCCCCCGAAAUCAUCAACGGGAGGCCGUACAAGGGCCCAGAGGUGGACAGCUGGUCCCUGGGCGUCCUCCUCUACAUCCUGGUCCAUGGCACGAUGCCCUUCGAUGGCCACGACUACAAGACUCUGGUCAAGCAGAUCACGAGUGGGGACUACCGGGAGCCCACAAAGCUGUCAGAUGCCUGCGGGCUGAUCCGGUGGAUGCUGAUGGUGAACCCGGAGCGCCGCGCCACCAUCGAGGAUAUCGCCACGCACUGGUGGGUGAACUGGGGCUACAAAGUGCCCCUCGGGGAGCAAGAGCUACUGCGGGAGAGCGAGUCCCCCCUGGCCACGGUGGCAGAGUGGCUUCGCCGCUCCUCCCGGCCCCUCCUGGAGAACAGCUCCAAGGUGCGAUGCUUCUUGAAGCAGCACAUCCCCGGCGUGGCCCUGGAGCGGCAACGCUCCCUCAAGAAGUCCAAGAAGGAGAACGACGUCUCCCAUGCGCUGCAGGAGGUGGCCCUGGCCCCAGAGAACCCCUCUAAGUCCAUCCUCAAGCGGCCCAAGGGCAUCCUGAAGAAGAGAAACUCCUGCGAACAGAAGGAGGCCGCUGCGGGCCUCACCCGGAUCCUGUCCUCCGGGAUGCUGCCUUGCAGCACGGGCGUUGGACCAGUGCCCACGGCUGUGCCUAAGAAGGGAAUACUGAAAAAGCCCUCGACGAGGGAGUCAGGGUAUUACUCGUCCCUGGAGUGCUGCGAGUCCGGGGAUGUCCUGGAUGCAGGGAGCUUGGACCUCGAUGGGAGCGUGUUUGUGGACAGCCCCUCCCCGGAGCAGGACCCCCAGGGUCUCCCUGCCCGCCGGAAAGGCAUCCUCAAGCACAACGGCAAGUACUCCUCUAGCAGCACCGAGCCAGAGAGUCCCCCCGGGCAGGGUUUCGGGGGCUUCAGCGAGGUGCCCCUGCCCCAGGCGCCCCGUGCCCGCCCGUCCAGCGCCGUAAGUGAGGACAGCAUCCUCUCCACGGAGUCCUUUGACCAGCUCGACCUGCCCGCCCGUGUCCCCCACGGCAGCGGGGGCAUGCGGGGAUGUGUCUCUGCUGACAGCCUCCUCCGGCUGGAAGAGGAGGAGGAGAUGGAGGAAGGGCGCAGGCUGCGCCGCUGGACUGUGACCCAUUGCCGGAGCCCCCUGGGAGAGAGCAGCUUGUCCCUGGUGGGCUGCGACAAUGUCACCGAGGUCUACCGGCGUGCCGUGGCCAUCAGCAUGAAGUUGAGCUGAGGGCACCUCCCGGCAGGGCUCCCCGGGGUGGUGCGUGUUGGGGAGGGGGCCAAGCCCUCCCUGCCCCGGGGCUGCUGGUGCUGCCGAGCCGUGUCCCACAUAUUUAUUUUGCAGCCUCGUGCCCCUCGGGGAGGAGCGCGGGUGCAGGCGGGGAGGGAGCCGUGGUGGCU